AUCAGUGAAAACACAUUGCAACCGCCUUAGAUAAGAGAGGGGACAAGCGCGUUUUUCUGCCUGUCUGGAGAUGGCGCUCAAACAGGCAACACCAGUGGCUAGAAAGCGGACGGUACAGCAGGCGGCGCCUGUGGUUGUGUUUAAGGAGUUAAAAUCAUCAAGUACUGCAUUGCUAGAAAGGCUGGGAGGAGAGGAGACGCGCAGAGGAACUUCCUCUUCCGGAUGGCUGAUGGGAGGAAGUUGGUGUGCAGAGCGGCUUUUGUGCUGUUUCCAUGGUGGAAGCAGCAGCUGGCAGGUGAGUGGAGGGCAGCAGGUGGGAGGAGAGUCCGGGAGCAACUUGGGCUGGAAGCGGAGAAGCAACUGGGCUGAAGCCUCUCAGCUGCGGCUGCUGCAGGUUCCUUCCCUCCCCAAAUGGAAGCCCACUGGUGCUGCAGGCUGGGAAACUGGGGGCUGCAAGUUUCUGCUGGUGGGAAGCUUGAAAAAGCCUCCUUCCAAUGCAGGUUGAGCCUUUGGGGCUGGUUUCCCUCCAGAGGGAGCUCCGUCACUGGAGGUUUGGAAGAGAGCUGGAAGAAACCUUGGAGGUCUUAAUGACGUCUCAGACAAAUGGCUGUCCCGUCGGUUUAAAAGCCACCAGCAAUGGAGCCCCCACAACCUCUGGAGGGAAGCCAUUCCCGAAGAAUCAACCUUCACUCAAAAGGGACUUUUUCAGUCUUCCAGGCAGCAGAAAAUUGCAGCCAUUCCCUUCCACUGGCUAAUUGUUCUCACUGAUGGGAUUUUUCCUUAAUUCCAGGUUUUUCUCUCUCCUUGAUUAGUUUCCAUGCAUUGCUUCUUGUCUUGUCCUUCUGGUGCUUUGGAAAAGAAGUUGACCCUUCAAGUAUUGGAACACUGCUAUCAUGUCACCCCUAGUCCUUCCUUUCACUAGGCGAUUCAUUCCCAAUUACUGCAACCCACUAAUUAUCCCUUCUGCUCUUCUCUGCGCUCUUUAUAGAGUCUCCACGUCUGUUUUAUAUUGUGGUGAUGAAAAGUGGUUGCAGUAAUCCAAGUGUGAUUUUAAUUUAAAGCAUUAUCAAUUGGUACUAAUACUUCAUGUGAUCUCGAUUCUAUCCCUCUCUUUAGGCAGCCAGAGUUUCUCAGGCUUCUUGAGUUGUUUUCCUGUUUAAGAUUUUCAUCCAUGGAAUCCUUCCCAAGCUGUCUCUUGGUUUGUUAAAAUCGGCUGCUUUAAAGUCUAAGACAUUAGUUUGAUUUUGCUCUAUUGCUUGUGUCUGCGUUAUAUUGAAUUCCAGUAUGACAUGGUCACUCUUCCCCCUAUUUACCUGCAACUUCAAACCUCCCCCCCCCUUAUAAUUUCCUCUCUGCUAGUAAAAAUUUAGAUCACUAUAGUUCCCUUUUCUACCUUUUCGAUGACAAAUUGUCAUCUAGAUUCAUUUGGAACCUUUUACGACAGGGGUGACAAACUGGCGGCCCAUGGGCUGGAUGCGUUACAUGCAGGCCACACCCAUCCCAGCUCCAUAAAUGGGUAGAAUGUCACAAAAUGUCACGUGACGGCAACAUGACAUGGCAAGUGUGACACUCGUGCUUUAAGACAGAUUGGCCAGCCAUUUGUCUGGAAUGUUAUAGGGUAUCCUGCCUGAGAAGGAGAUUGGACUAGAAGACCUCCAAGGUCUCUUCCAACUCAUAACCUAUUCUGUUACGGGCUUGCUAUUCUCUUGGCAACCAAAUUGCAGUGAUUCUGCCACUAGUUUUUUUCUAGGGUUUAUGUAUUUUAACUUCCAGGUCUUGCCAAAAGCACGAUAUUUCCUAUUGGUGCCGCAUCCGGGUAUUAACCAGGUUCAACUGGCUUUACCGUAUUUUUUGGACUACAAGACGCACCUGACUAAAUGACACAACUAAAAUUAGAAGAGGAAAACAACCAAAAAAAGUUUUUGGCCUACCUUUUUUCGGGCCUUUUCCAAUCUUUUUUUGGCCUGUUUCUGGGGCUGUUUUCGGCUAUUUUGGGUGCUUUUUUCAGCUCAUUUUUUAGGCUUUUUUUGGUCCAUUUUUGAGGCUUUUUUCCCCCAUUUAUGAGGCUUCUAUGGGGCUGUUUUUGAGGCUUUUGGGGCCAUUUUUGAGGUUUUUUGGGGCCAUUGUCGAGGCUUUUUUUGGCCCGUUUUUCCGAAAAAGCGUUCCUGUGGUUAUGAAGGUGCAGGAAAAGGAGAGACACCAAGUUGGGUUCUGCCAACCGUUGCACAUUUAUGAUGGCUGCAGCAUCCCAAACUCAGGAUCCCCGUUUGUGACCUUCUCAGCUAGAUUCUGAAGCAAAAUUAGUAGGGAUGCCAGCAGGAAAUUGCAAGUCGCAGUUUGUGGAACAGAUGCAAGUUGGCACUGUCAUGUGACAUCAUGCUUCAUGACCGGCUGCUUAGUGACACAGAAGCCAGUCCCAAUUGCACUCAAUAAAGAGGAUGACAAUAAGAGAACUUUGGACAACUGAGAAAAACAAGCAACGUUGAAAAGGAAAUAAAAGCCAUAUAUUUUGAGCCAGAAAUCAAAAUAUAUUCAAUUUCCUUCAGAAAACCACAUAAUUCUCCUUCUCCAGCAGCUAAUAGACAAAAGAGAGAAAAUUAACAUGAGAUUUUGAGCUGGAAAAAGUAGAGGAUACGAAACUCAAGGAUACAUUGCAUGAAAGAUCAAAGAACAUUAUUUUUCAUUCAGAAAAAGAUGGAAAUAUCUGGAAGUUAGGGGAAAGGAAAAGGUCUUAUUGGGCAGGGCACAUAGGACAGACAAUGAUACAGACCUUGCUCUGGGAAGAAGCAAAUGGCUUUAAUCAAAACACCUCUAAACAAUAGAUCACACAUAUUUUUGACCUCAAGAAUAUCAGUUGUGGAAAAACUCCAUAGAUCUGCCUAUUGUAGAAAAAGCACAAAUUGCAAAUCAUAGCUGAUUUAACAAGAAGAUCCUAACUGCAGAAAAGCCAUACAAAUUAUCUGAAUAUGCCAAAAAGUUUGGUCAGAACAGCUUCCUUGUGUUUCAUGGAACGACUCACACAGAAGAGAAGACAUACGAGUGCUCCAGAUGUGAAUACUUUAGUGAGCAUGGCAACAUGGUGAUACAUCACAGGACACCCAUCACAUAAGAAUGUCCAAAUUGUGUGAAAGUUUCAUUGGAAAUUACCACCUCAUGAGACAACAAAGGACUCAUACAGGAGAGAAACCCUUUGAAUGUCCUGAUUGUGGGAAAAGUUUCAGUCAGAAUUCUAAGCUGGUUCAACACCAGAGGACUCACACAGGAGAGAAACCCUUUGAAUGUUCUGAUUGUGGGAAAAGUUUCAAUAAAAAUUCCAACCUGGUGAAACACCAGAGAAUUCACACAGGUGAAAAACCAUUUGAAUGUCUUGAUUGUAGGAAACGUUUCAGUCAUAAAUUCAGCCUGGUGACACAUCAGAGGACUCACACAGGAGAGAAACCAUUUGAAUGUCCUGAUUGUGGGAAAAGUUUCACUCGCAAUUUCAGCCUGGUGAUACACCAGAGGACUCACACAGGAGAGAAUCCAUUUGAAUGUCCUGAUUGUGGGAAAAGAUUCAGUAACAAUUCCAAUCUGGUGACACACCAGAAGACUCACACAGGAGAGAAACCAUUUGAAUGUCCUGAUUGUGGGAAAAGGUUCAGUUACAAUUACACCCUGGUGACACACCAGAGGACUCAUACAGGAGAUAAACCAUUUGAAUGUCCUGAUUGUGGGAAAAGUUUCAGUCACAAUUCCAGCCUGGUGAUACACCAGAGGACUCACACAGGAGAGAAACCAUUUGAAUGUCCUGAUUGUGAGAAAAGGUUCAGUAACAAUUCCAAUCUGGUGUCACACCAGAAGACUCACACAGGAGAGAAACCAUUUGAAUGUCCUGAUUGUGGGAAAAGUUUCAGUCACAAUUCCAGCCUGGUGACACACCAGAGGACUCACACAGGAGAGAAACCAUUUGAAUGUCCUGAUUGUGGGAAAGGUUUCAGUGACAAUUCCAAUCUGGUGAUACACCAGAGGACUCACACAGGAGAGAAACCAUUUGAAUGUCCUGAUUGUGGGAAAAAUUUCAGUCACAAUUCCAGCCUGGUGACACACCAGAGGACUCACACAGGAGAGAAACCAUUUGAAUGUCCUGAUUGUGGGAAAAGUUUCAGUCACAAUUCCAGCCUGCUGAAACACCAGAAGACUCACACAGGAGAGAAACCAUUUGAAUGUUCUGAUUGUGGGAAAAGUUUCAGUCACAAUUCCAGCCUGGUGAAACACCAGAAGACUCACACAGGAGAGAAACCAUUUGAAUGUCCAGAUUGUGUGAAAAGUUUCCUUUGGAAUUCUGAGCUGGCGAGACACCAGAGGACUCACACAGGAGAGAAACCAUAUGAGUGCCCAGACUGUGGGAAAAGUUUCAUUGGAAAUUACCACCUCAUGAGACAACAAAGAACUCACACAGGAGAGAAACCCUUUGAAUGCCCUAUCUGUGGGAAAGGUUUCAGUCGCAAUUCCAGCCUGGUGAUACACCAGAGGACUCACACAGGAGAGAAACCCUUUGAAUGUCCUGAUUGUGGGAAAAGCUUCAGUAACAAUUCCAAUCUGGUGACACACCAGAAGACUCACACAGGAGAGAAACCGUUUGAAUGUCCUAAUUGUGGGAAAAGGUUCAGUUACAAUUCCAGCCUGGUGAUACACCAGAGGACUCACACAGGAGAUAAACCAUUUGAAUGUCCUGAUUGUGAGAAAAGUUUCAAUCACAAUUCCAGUCUGGUGAUACACCAGAGGACUCACACAGGAGAGAAACCAUUUGAAUGUCCUGAUUGUGGGAAAAGUUUCAGUCACAAUUCCAGCCUGGUGAUACACCAGAAGACUCACACAGGAGAGAAACCAUUUGAAUGUCCAGAUUGUGGGAAAAGUUUCAGUCAAAAUUUCAGCCUGGUGAUACACCAGAGGACUCACACAGGAGAGAAACCAUUUGAAUGUCCUGAUUGUGAGAAAAGUUUCAAUCACAAUUCCAGUCUGGUGAUACACCAGAGGACUCACACAGGAGAGAAACCAUUUGAAUGUCCUGAUUGUGGGAAAAGUUUCAGUCACAAUUCCAGUCUGGUGAAACACCAGAGGACUCACACAGGAGAGAAACCAUUUGAAUGUCCUGAUUGUGGGAAAAGUUUCAGUCAAAAUUCCAGCCUGGUCACACACCAGAGGACUCACACAGGAGAGAAACCGUUUAAAUGUCCUGAUUGUGGGAAAAGUUUCAGUCGCAGUUCCAGCCUGGUGACACACCAGAGGACUCACACAGGAGAGAAACCGUUUGAAUGUCCUGAUUGUGGGAAAACUUUCAGUCGCAGUUCCAGCCUGGUGACACACCAGAGGACUCACACAGGAGAGAAACCAUUUGAAUGUCCUGAUUGUGGGAAAACUUUCAGUCACAAUUCCAGCCUGGUGAAACAUCGGAACACUCACACAGGAGUGAAACCAUAUGAGUGCCCAGACUGUGGGAAAGAUUUCAGUACUAAGACUAGCCUUUUAAAUCAUGUGCUUAUACACACAGGAGAAACCAAUUAAGUGCCCCAAGAGUGGACGGUGCUUCAGGAAACAUUCUAACCUUAUUGCACACAAGAAAAUGCGCAUGGAUUUUCCAAAGUGAUGAGUGAUGAUCUAAAGCAGUGGUUCCCAAAGUGGGCGGUACCAAUGUGGGGGGCGGUGGGAUGACUUAGGGGGGCAGUAAGAGGCAUGGGGGGCGGCAGGGUAGUGCUAGAGGCAAAAGCGGGUGGCAGGAGGGCGCUAAGUUGCAAGGAGGGUGGCGGAGGGGGGCCCCCACCCUUUGGCCUGUGCCUCGCAGCAGUUACCUCCUUGCAAGCAAACAGCAAGAAAAAACAGCUCCUUUCAGCUUCAGCAUAGGCUAAUAACAGACGUUGAUUAGAUGGGCCUCCCGACUCUCUCAGUUGUUUUGCGCAGAGCUCUGCUGCUUGCUGCAAAGAGUGUUGGAGCUAUGCUGAAAACGAAACUGAAAGUAAAGCAGGCUGUUUGCUGUUUGCUGCAAGGAAAAAUGAGGCAGAGGCAAAGGGAGAUUUCUUUUUCUUCCUUUUCCUCAAUAAAAAAGGUAGGUGCAAACAAUGGGAAAUUUAGGGCAAAAGAGGAGAGUUCAAGAUUUUAAAACACAAAGGGAAAGGAGAAAGAAAAAGGCAAAAAUAAAAAUGGGAAGGGAGAAAUAGAAAUGAAAGAGAAAGAUGUUAUAUAUAUUUAGAAUUGAAAUAUGAAUAGUAGUAAGAAAUAAAUGGGAAAUCAUGAUUGUAAAAAUGAAAUGAAUAAUAAUUGGAAUAUUUGUCUUUGUAUUUUUGUAAUCUAGACAAUGAAAAGUUUUUCUUUUUUUUCCUUGUUUUUAGAAAUACGAAUAAGUAUAAACUGUAACAAGUGAAAUACCUUUAAUGGUCUAUGGCGGUGAAAGUAAAAAGGAUUAAGUUGUA